AUGCAACCUCCGUCCCCUUGCCAUUCCAUCAGCACAACGUCUCGCGACCACAACACCACUCAUCAGGAUGUUCUGCUGGGAAUCACGGGCAAGGACUUCACCAUCAUCGCUGCCUCCAAGGCUGCGAUGCGCGGUGCCACCAUCCUCAAAGCUUCCGACGACAAGACGAGGGCGCUAAACAAGCACACGCUUCUCGCAUUCUCCGGCGAGGCGGGAGACACAGUCCAAUUCGCCGAAUACAUCCAAAGAAAUGCCCAGCUCUACUCUAUGCGCAACGAGGCCGAGCUGUCCCCUUCGGGCCUGGCACACUUUGUCAGAGGAGAGCUGGCCUCGAGCUUGCGAUCCCGACAUCCCUACAACGUGAACCUCUUAAUGGGAGGUGUAGACCCCAUCUCGGGCAAGCCAUCGCUGUACUGGCUUGACUACUUGGCGUCAUUGGCAGAGGUGCCCUAUGCGGCUCAUGGAUACGCACAAUACUACUGCCUGUCCAUUCUGGACAAGCACCACCACCCCGACAUCACCCUCGGACAAGGCAUCAAGAUCUUGACCAUGUGCAUUGAUGAGCUCAAAAGGCGGCUACCGAUUGACUUCAAGGGCGUGGUGGUCAAGGCGAUCAAGGUAGACGGGAUUGUGGACAUUGAGUUUGAUGAUGAUCGCGUGGUGAAGUGCGCCUAA